AUGAAGGUAGAUAGCACCGGUCCGUGUCGUUGUCGAUGCCGUCUUUGCGUCCGGAUGUUAUAUUUUCUCAUCGUAUCCUUCUUUCUGGUGAAUUCAGAUACUGGGAUGGAUGCACCGCAAGUUCCGGCAGAAUGAUGCUUCCGAUGAUUCAUUCAGGGAUAUCGCUGCCGGUAACAUCCUCUCUCUCUCUUUCUCUCUCUCUCUCUCUCUUGUGUCUCUGUUUCUCUCUCAUAUCAAACUCUAUCUUUCCGUUCAUGUUCUUGUGAGGCUUCAGGAGAGAUCGGCCAGUUUCAACCAUCCGAUUCUUUUCGUACGUGCAAUCCACCGUUAGAUAUCUGUGGUACUCGUAAGCUUCUCGAUUAAGAGGAUUGCAGGCGUUGAACUCAUGAACCUAAAAAAUACAGGGCUUGUUACUUCAGGUCUCGCUUGAAAUUUGUACAACGCUGAUUGAGAUGCACCGCCUUUCAUGACUGCAGGCAACGGCCGCCCAACCAAGUGUCUCUCGGGGAGGCCAUCUCUGGAGGAGCUCCGUUCCCACACCUACCACCAACCCAAGACGCCGGCAAGGCCUUCUCUCCGCUCAUUGCAGGAUCACCGUCUCUUUGGAGAGGAUGAUCUCUGCGAUGUUUCGCCGGAAGAAGAUCAGCAGACCUCCAUGGACGACGUGCUCUUCCAGGGCCUUCUGGCCAUCGGCACCCUCGGGUCAGCCACUCCGACCUUCGGCGCGCCGACGCCGAAGUUCCUCCCAGACUCCGUUGACUCCAUCGUCGCCGAGAAGGAGCCGUCAGAGAGAGAACUGAAGGCCAUUAACGAGGAGUUGGAGAAGGUGCUGGUGCCGGAGCCUGGCGACACGAACGACAGGCUCUCCUCGGCAAGGCCAAGCCACGUUAGCCAGAAGCAUCUGCCGGCGGAGGUGUGCCCGCUCCAGGUUUACCUUUUCGGCUCCACCGUCGAGAUGGCGGAGACCUCUGAGUCAGCCGCGGAGAAGAAGGAACACCGGGUCUCUCUGGGAGAGUUGUUUAUGAAGAGCCGCGUGGCGGAGGAGGCCGCCGGAGGAGGAGGAGGCGGAGGAGGGAAGAAAGGGGAGGAGAGGGAGAGAUCUCCGGCAGGGAUGCACCUGAUGGUAAAGAAGAUGCUGAAGAGACGUUGCUCCAAAGUGGACGGUUCUUCAAAUCGCUCGACGUGGCCUACGUCUUCCACCGUCACCCACGCUGGAGACUCUGUCGCCGGCGAGACCAAGUUCCACAAGGUGAGGACUCUCCGCCAUGGUUCACCAGUUCCACCACUGCAAGCAAGGGCUGCCAAAAAUGGCCCUUUUUAUGUUACUGGUGGCCUGAUUCUAGAGAUCCCGAUGAGAUGGGUCUGCUAUCUUUAUAUGACUUCUUUUAUUUUCAUCUCUCUCUCUAUCUAUCUACAAAUUUCUAUCUCAUGAACAGGGGAUUUUUGUUGCGACGCAGAUCAUACAGAUGUUUCACAGGAAGGUCCAUCCAGAGGCGCCUUACAACAGCAAGAAGCAUGGAAAGUCUGGCAGGGACCUUCCUCACCCCGUCGCCGGGGGCGGCUGCGAGGCCAUGGCUGCCAACGCCAAGGGCCCCAAGAAAGACGGCAAUUCCAGCUGCUUCAAGUGUCAAUCUAAUCCUUCUCCGGCACCGGCUCCCCCUUCCACCUCCAGAAGCGACUCCAACGGCAAUCGAGAGCACUGGAUCAUGACCGAUGCGGAUUGUAAGUGAUCGACUCACCGAAAGCUCCAUCCCUCCGAGAUCUCUAAUUCCGCAGUCCUUGCAUCGCAUUCUAAUACUUUUCCAUGGCCUCUCAUGCUGUAGACCUGGUGCUGGAGUUGUAG